UAAGCCGUUGAGAGCGAGUUCUUUAGUUCAACGGCAGCCAGCGGCGCAAGUGGAACGCGGAUCGGCAUCGGCAACAACAACGACAACGACAACGGAACGGGCAAUUGAAGACGCGUCAAAGUGAAAAGCAAAGAAGUAAAUAAUGUACAGUGUAUAGCAAAAAAAACACAACACGACGCACAAUUAAAAUUAAUUACGCGCUGUCGAUCUGCAUAAGUUCAAUGAAGAAAGAGCCAUAAAAGUUCACGUGCGCGCGAAAUUGCGACUCAAAUAACAGUGUGUCACAUCAACAACAACAACAACAACAACAAGAAAAGCUUUACACUCACAACAACAACAAAAAAACGAAGACAACAAGAACUGCACCCAAAAACUUAUCUGGCGGCCAAACAAAGAAAAUACUUUUAGCACUAAUUAAAGUGGAAGCGUAAGACGAAUUGUCGAUACGCUUUCGAAAUGACACUCUUGCCAGAUAUAAAAGCCAAGGAUGCCGCCUGUUGUGUUGGCGGUGGCGAUACCAGCAGCAACAGUGGGGCAAGCACCAGUGGCAGUCACAAGGAACAACAUCAGGGAGGACACAGUAAAGGCGAUUGUCUGGGCAUAAAUUGUUGCACCUCAGCAGCCAGUUCCGAGCUGUCAAUUGACGAGAAAUCAUCAACUUCCACCGCCGCCAAAGUCAAUAAUAAUCUCAACGAAUAUCGCAAAUACAAUUACCACGAGGCUGUGGCACACGCUAAUUUCGCUCAGUGUAAAAAUGUCGACAUUGAGUUCACCGACGUGCGAUAUGCGAUACGCAAGUUUUCCUUUCCAGAACGAAAGUUUGUUACUAAAGAGAUUCUGCAUGGUCUCAAUGGUAAAUUUCGAUCCGGCGAGCUUACAGCUAUAAUGGGUCCCUCUGGGGCUGGAAAGAGCACAUUGCUGAAUGUCAUGUCAGGAUUUUGCGCUUCUGGAGUCACUGGCAGCAUUCGCGUCAAUGGCAAACUCAUGGCCACAAGCUCGGAGCGAUUUCGCCGACUCUCGUGCUAUAUUCACCAGGAUGAUCUAUUGCGUCCCCAGCUGAUGGUUGGAGAGAUAAUGAUGAUGGCGGCGCAUUUGAAACUCGGCUUUAAAGUGACCAAAACUCACAAGCUCAAUUUGAUCAAACACAUCUUAUCGCUGUUGGGUCUGGAGCAUCGCUACAAUGUCCACUCAGGAAAACUCUCGGGCGGACAGAAGAAGCGACUCGCCAUUGCCCUGGAGCUGAUAAGCAACCCGCCGGUACUCUAUCUGGAUGAGCCAACGACGGGCCUCGACAGCUCUUCGUGCAGCUCAUGCGUUGCGCUGCUGAAGAAACUUGCUUCCCAGGGACACACGAUUGUGUGCACUAUACAUCAGCCGAGUGCCCUGAUCUUUGAGAUGUUCGACAAGCUUUAUACGGUAGUCGAUGGACACUGCAUGUACCAGGGCAGGGUAAAAGAACUGGUGCCUUUCUUAGCCGAACAGCAGCUGGUCUGUCCCAGCUAUCACAACCCAGCUGACUACUUACUGGAGGUAGCUGUUGGAGAGCAUCAACAUGAUAUCAAUGAUCUGAUAGCAGCGGCCAAUAAGAAGUAUUACGAGGAUGCUGAUAAUUAUCCUUACAUUGGCAGUGACGAUAUGUCGCAGAUCAUAACAUCGAUAAAAGAGAACAUUGCAGCCAAGAAGUUGAGCAGUUCAAGCCAAGAACUGUCCACAGCUGCUCUAGCGGAAUUAUCAAGCUAUGAUUAUGCAAAAGCGGGUUAUCAAGAGUUGCCGCUAAAGGAGAUCAAUGUGUCAGUAGAGGAAUCAACGCUGGAUGAGCCAAUUACCAAUGAAGGAAUCACAGAGCUUGCCAACACAAUGGAAACGGAACCACAUGAAGUGAUCGAUUCAGCCUCGUUUCUCAUGCAAUAUUUAAUCCUGAUGCAACGAAUUUUGAUCUGCGCCAAACGCAACUAUUUUCUGUUCUUGGCCCGCAUCGUAUCGCACAUAUUCAUUGGCGUUAUUUUUGGAUAUCUCUACAUGAAUGUCGGCAAUAGUGCAAACUCUGUGCUGGGCAACUAUGUAUAUUUUUAUGGCUCCACACUUCUCUUGGUCUACACCGGCAAAAUGGCGGUGGUAUUGACAUUUCCCUUGGAGAUCAAUAUGCUGACGAGAGAGCACUUUAAUCGUUGGUAUAAGCUGGGGCCCUACUUUUUGUCGCAGAUCUCCUUCGAGAUACCCUUUCAAAGUUUAUGUGCUGUUUUGUACAUUGUAAUCAGCGUAAGGCUCACGGAUAACGACAGCGUGGACUCCUUCCGGAUUUACUACUUUAUAAUCUUGGCCAUCAUGGUCACUCUCAGUGCACAGGCGUGGGGUUUCUUUGUGGGUGCCACGUUGCCAACGAAGCUUGCCGUCUUUCUGGGUCCCAUAUUGGCCGUACUCUUCUCCGUUUUUGGUUUCUGCACACGUUAUAUUGAUAUAACUCCGAUGUUCCGUUGGAUGUGGCAUCUGAGUUAUUUCCGUGCUGGAUUUCACGGUGCUCUCAACGCAUUUUACGGCAUGGAUCGAUCGAUUCUGGAGUGCCCAGAUAAUAUCAUGUACUGCCAUUUUCGCAGUCCCAAAGUGUUUCUCAAGUACAUGAUGAUCUCCGAUGUGCACAUGUCCGAUUGUGUCCUGCUUAUGGCCAUUGUGAUCGGUGUGAUGCAUCUGUUGACGGUGAUCACACUCUGGCGAAAGCUAAACAAACGAUAGAGCAUAUCUAUAUAUAUAGACCUAGUUUGUAGAUAAUUUAGUUUAUCAUCUUAUGUUGUACAUACAUUUUAAGUGUCUAUCUUUUUAUGUUUUAUAUUUUUUUUUAUUUUUGAAUAUUGUUUUGUUUUGUUUCAAAUUUUUCAAAUGAUUUACUAUUUAAUUGUUCUAUUUAUUUAAACCAAAUUUAUUCAAUGUUGUUGCUUAACUUUAACCAAGUUUUACACAGAAGGCUUUAGGGUAGCAAUCUAAACGUUUAUUCUCUUCCAGUUUGUAAACUUAGUAUCUAGUUUUAUGCUGAUAUACCAAAAAA